AUGGUUCCGUUCAUCAGGACAGCACUAAAACUGGAGUAUUACCAGUCGAAGCUAGUAUCCAAAGCAUUUGUAACACUGUUGGUGCUGUUGAAAGCAAAGCAUAUCCUGGCCUUGGUGUUUGCCAUAAAAGAGAUCAAUGCGAAUACCAAGAUCUUGCCCAAUGUCACACUUGGGUUCCACAUCUAUGACAGCUACUAUGAUGCACGGAUGACUUAUCGGACCACUCUGGAUCUGCUCUUCAAGUCACAUAGAUUUGUUGCUAACUACAAAUGUGACACCCAGACAAACCUCAUAGCUGCUAUUGGGGGACUUUCCCCUGACAUUGCAUUCCACAUAGCAGACAUCUUAAGCGUCUACAAGAUUCCACAGCUCACCUAUGGCUCAUUUGCCUCAGAGGACAUGCAAGCAAUGCAGAGCUUUUCUUUCUACUCCAUGGUCCCAAAUGAAAAUCAUCAAUAUAUUGGGAUUAUCCGGUUACUAGAGUGUUUCAGAUGGACAUGGGUUGGACUCUUUGCUGUGGAUGAUAACAGUGGAGAACGUUUCAUGAAUACCCUGGAGCUACUGUUUUCUCAGAAUGGGAUCUGUUCAGCCUUCACAAAGAGAAUACCACAGCAAGUUCAUUUGGAUAAUGUAGAAAAAAUACUUGAUAUCAUCACAAUAAUUUAUGCAUCUCUCAGAGAUAAGCAGGCCAGUACAAUUAUCUGCUAUGGAGAAUCCUUGACAAUUUCCUGGCUGAAAGCUGUCAAGUUUUUUCAAGAUUAUGGAAAUAAGGAAAACUAUUCAAUUGGAAAGGUGUGGGUAUUGACACCUCAGAUAGAUUAUAUAUCAACUGGCCUUCAGAGAAACUGGGAUUUCCAGCUGUUCCAAGGUUCAAUCUCCUUUGCAAUUCACUCAAGAGAGCUCUUGGAGUUUGAGGAAUUUAUUCAAAGCGUAAAAUCUUCCAGGACCCAUGCAGAUGGUUUUUUCAAAGACUUCUGGGAGCAAGCAUUUGACUGCUUCUUUCCAGAUCCAAAGUUCCCUAUGCACAUCAGUGAUGCAUGUUCUGGAGAGGAAAAGAUGGACAGUCUCACAACAGGACUUUUUGAAAUGCACAUGACUGGCCACAGCUAUAGUAUCUACAAUGCUGUCUAUGCUUUGGCUCACGCUUUGCAUGCCAUGUACUCAUCUAGAUCCAAAGAAAGAGCAAUUGGAUGUGGUAAAGUUGAUGAACUUCAGUCACUGCAUUCAUGGCAGGUUGACCCAUUUCUUCACAGUGUUUCAUUUAACAACUCGGCAGGAGAAACUAUGUCCUUCGAUGAUAAAGGGGAAUUGAGAGGUGGAUUUGACAUCAUGAAUCUUGUCACAUUCCCAAACAAGUCCUUCCAGAGAGUGAACAUUGGAAGGGUGGAUCUCAGUGAUCUGGAAGGAGAAGAAUUCAUUAUUAAUGAGGAUUUAAUUUUGUGGCACAGAGAGUUUAGCCAGGUGCUUCCUCUUUCUGUGUGCAAUGAACACUGUCUCCCUGGCUAUCAGAAAAAAAGGAAGGAAGGGGAAAAGUUUUGCUGCUAUGAUUGUGCUCCAUGUCCAGAGGGGAAGAUAUCAAACCAGACAGAUGUGGAUGACUGUUUCCAGUGCCCAGAAGAUCAGUAUCAAAACAGAGAGAGAGAUGCUUGUAUCCCCAAACUUAUAACCUUUCUAUCUUAUGAAGAACCUCUGGGGAUCUGUUUAGCCACAGUUUCUGUUUCUUUCUCACUCAUCACGGCCUUAGUGCUCAUAAUUUUUAUUAGGCACAAACAUACCCCCAUAGUCAAAGCCAAUAACCGGGACCUCACCUACACUCUCCUUGCCUCCCUCCUGCUCUGCUUCCUCUCCCCUUUGCUAUUUCUUGGCCAACCUGGGAAAAUGACCUGCCUUCUCCGGCAACCAACUUUCAGCAUUGUAUUCUCUGUAGCUGUUUCAUGUGUGCUGGCCAAAACCAUCACUGUGGUUGUCGCUUUCAUGGCCACCAAACCAGGGUCCAGCAUGAGGAAGUGGGUGGGGAAAAGGCUCUCCACCUCCAUUGUCAUUUCUUGCUCUCUUAUUCAAGCAAGUACCUGUACUAUGUGGCUGAUAAACUCUCCCCCCUUCCCUAAUUUUGACAUGCACUCAAUAACUGGAGAAAUUAUUGUACAAUGUAAGGAAGGGUCAGUCACUCUGUUUUACUGUGUCCUAGGCUACAUGGGCCUCUUGGGCAUAAUGAGCUUCAUUGUAGCAUUCCUAGCCCGCAAGUUACCCGAUAGUUUUAAUGAAGCCAAAUUUAUUACUUUCAGCAUGUUGGCAUUUUGUAGUGUGUGGGUCUCUUUUGUUCCCACUUACCUGAGUUCUAGAGGAAAAGCCAUGGUGGCUGUGGAGAUCUUCUCCAUCUUAGCCUCCUGUGCUGGAUUACUGGGUUGCAUCUUUUCCCCAAAAUGUUACAUCAUUCUGCUGAGGCCUGAACUAAACAAUAAGGAGAGUUUAAUAAGGAGAAAGCAUUAA